AUGCAUGUGGAAUACCCGGCAACAUUAGCCAUCCUUGCCUCGUACUUUGUGCUCAUCUUUGCUUUGUUAUGGAGAGUCAAGGAUCAACUUGCAAAGACGCUGUCUGAUAGCAACCCGGGCAUCCUGCUGUUUGUUCUCUUGUCUGCCGUGUCAUUGCUAUCCACUUGGACGUAUAUGUUUAAAUUCUUUGCUCAUAGUUAUCGAGAAUGGAAAUACAUCACUGGAUUUGAGUUGCCCUUGUCGUUGAAUUCCAUGUCGUAUUGGCUCAAGGACGUCUCUUUGUUUGACAGUGCCUGGAGACAAGUGUGCGUUGGUGUCUGGCAGUGGCUAUGGAGUCAUCAAAUUUGCACAUUGACAGUAUCCGUGUGGACUCCCAUUUUAGCCAUUGAAGGUACAAGACGUCGCAUCCCAUACAUUUGGGCCUACAUGCUGAUCGGUCAGGUUGUCGCCAUCUCGUUUGCCUCAUCCCUGUUCUUUGCAGUUUUGUUGGCCUACGCACCCAUCACACACAAAGAGCCUUCUGCUAGAUUAUUAAAGACGCUUACACUGACAUCUGUGGGCGGUAUCCUGACCGUGGUACUGUCUCCCUUUGUUGCUGACACGGAUGCAUUCAUGGUCAACUUGCUGAUCAUGCACAUCUUACUCAUCUUCCCUCUGGUCUAUGUGGAAUCAUCAUCCACACUGUCAACCAAGAGUGCCUCCCUCUAUGCCAUCCUGCUGUAUAGUCUCGCGGCUGGCGCCAAUCUCUCGAUUUAUGCGCACCAGUGGUUCCAAUGCUUGGCCACGCUGGCGCCUUUUGGUCAGCACACAUGGUAUCAGAUCUACCACACAGUUCUCGCUACAUUUUUUGGACACCCAGCACAAUCCAGUGUUAGCUCUGAUAUUGUAUGCAUGCAAUUCAUCUCUGUCGCUUGGAUGUUUACUGCCAGUAAAAGAGACUACCGACAAGUGCCAUUCUGGGUGUGGAUCUUGAUUGGCACAACACCCUUAUUUUCUGCUUCCUUUACAUUGCCCCUCUUCUUUGCCGGCUAUGAAUACGACAGAGCAACUCAACCCAACAUGGCAAAGAAGAUCAAUUAG